CAAAUAAAUGGCGUCAUUAGCAACAAAUGACAAUCCUAAUGAUUUGCCAACUUCAGCCACUACAACUCCUUUGCAGAAUUUACCAAUUGAAUUACAGAACGACCAAAAACGACGAAGUUCAUCGCGCUCUAUCAAACGUAAGCGAUUUGAUGACGAAAUAGUGGAGUACAGUGUAAGUUUACAGUCCCGCAGCGAACAAUCACGUAGCACCAGACCACGAACCACUUCUCAAACAUAUGUGCAACCUGUGCCACCAGCACCUCCAGUACCAAUCUUACAGCCACCAACAACAGUCGAAUUGGAAAAACCGACGGCAAGUUCCGUGCCCAUAACUACAGCAGUAGCGGCGGCAACUCCUUUACCAUCUGCGGUUGCGAGUGGUACUAACUCGGUUGUAGUAGGCCCUACCGGUCAUAAUUUAAGUACGGAAAGUAAACCGACAAGCGGUUUCAUGGCUGCCGAAAGACGACGAGCUGGUGGUAGGUCCCAGCAGAAGAAGUCACGAAAAUCGGGACGACCACCUUCUCAUAUGUUAAUGAAAGAUUUGGGCCGUUGGAAGCCAGUCGAUGAUUUGGCAUUAAUUAUAGGCAUGCUACAAACAAACGACUCCCGAAUAGUUCAUCGGGGUACAAAAUUUUCUUGUAAAUUCACACUGACGGAGGUGCAAAAUAGAUGGUCUGCAUUGUUGUACGAGCCGGCAUUGUCCCGUAUCGCCGUGGCAGCAAUGCGUAACUUACAUCCAGAAAUAAUUGAAUCCGUGCAGAGAAAGGCUUUGUUCAGCACAGCUGAAGAAGAGCUAUUGGCCACCAUCAAAUCGACUGACAAUCCUAAAUUGGAACAGUUCCAAGAGCUAUUGGAUAAAAAUGCCUCAGUCUUCUACAGUGCCCGCACAGCCAAGUCUCUACAAAAUCAUUGGCAAAUGAUGAAACAAUAUCAAUUGCUUUCCGAUCAAGUUGUCAACAUCAGUGAUCAACCCCUGACAUUUUCUGAUGCUGAGGAUCUUAUUAAGGACGCGGAAUUGAAUGAGCAAAGAGACGAGGCAUUGGAGAUUGAGUUGGCAUUGGCCGAUCGACAAAAUAAACGUGAAAUUCGUUUGUUGGAAAAUGAACUAAGUCGUUGGAAUGUCUUGGUAGAUUCGAUGACUGGUGUGGGUAUUGCCCCGGAAUUUGAUGGUCAAACAUUGGCAGUUAUGCGAGGCCGUUUGGUACGGUAUUUAAUGCGUUCCAAAGAGAUAACUUUUGGUCGCGAUGCCAAGGAUUGUGUUGUCGAUGUUGAUUUGUCACUGGAAGGGCCAGCCACAAAAAUCUCCCGCAAACAAGGAACCAUCAAAUUGCGUAGUAAUGGUGAUUUCUUUAUUGCCAACGAGGGCAAACGACCGAUAUUUAUCGAUGGUGUACCAUUGUUGAGUGGUAAUAAAACACGUUUGGCCAACAACUGUGUUGUAGAGAUGGCUGGUUUAAGAUUCGUUUUCUUGGUUAAUUAUGAACUGAUUAAUGCAAUUCGCCAUGAAAGCGCUAAAACUACUUCACCAUUAAAUUAAA